CAGAAGGGAGAGGACAGCGGGGCAGACACUCUCCAACACCUGCACCUGGUCACUUGAUUUACACUCAGACACCCUCAAACUCCCUCUGAAGGAUCAAUGGACCAACAUCUUGAUCGCAUCUUGGUGAUGGUUGCUGCCAUCCAGGCUUAAAGUUUUGGAAAGAGAGGAAGGGAAGCGUUAAGGGAUCAGCUGUGUGGAAUUUGCAAAGCUAUCGGAUUGUUUAUGCCUGCGCAGCGCUGCUGAGAGAGAUUUUCCAAUCCAGCUCCGAGGCGCAAAACGCGGGGUAUGCAGCGGUAACAUCCCGCAAGUUUUGGAUCUCAGAGGCGUAGCGGGUAUCGAGAAAGUCUGAAAUCAAAGAUUUAGAUCUCUGUGGGCUACCUGCAUGACUGUUACCAUGACAACAUCUGGAGCCCAACUCCUCCUGUUGGCCUUAUGUGUUUACAGAGGCUCGGGCCUGCAGCAGUCUGCUCCGCGAGUUCGCCUCUCCUUCAAAGAACUGAUGGACACACGGGCAGCGCGACCCUUCAGUUUCUCCUUCAACACCAGCGACUACCGCAUCCUCCUGAUGGAUCAGGACCAGGGCCGUCUGUAUCUGGGCAGCAGGGAGUACCUGGUGGCUCUGGAUAUGCAAAAUGUCAACAAGGAGCCACUCAUAAUCCACUGGCCAGCAUCUGCUAAGAGAAAGGGAGAAUGCCAGAUGACAGGAAAGGGAAGACAGGGGGAAUGUGCCAACUUUGUGCGGAUGAUAGAGCCGUGGAACCGCACCCACCUGUACACCUGUGGAACGGGGGCGUACCAACCUAUCUGCACAUUUAUCAACCGAGGCUGGAGGGCAGAGGACUACCUGUUUAGGCUGGUCCCCGGGUAUGUGGAUUCAGGGAAGGGAAAAUGUUCCUAUGAUCCCAAACAGGAGAACAUUGCAGUUCUGAUCAAUGGUAACCUAUAUGCAGGGGUCCAUAUUGACUUCAUGAGUACAGAUGCUGCAAUGUUUAGGACCAUGGGAGGGAGAACGGCAAUCAGGACAGAACAGUAUGACUCCAGGUGGCUCAAUGAGCCCGUGUUUGUUCAGAUCCAGCAGAUCCCUGACAGUGCAGAAAGGAACGACGACAAACUUUACUUCUUUUUCCGUGAGAAGACUCUAGACUCCAGCGGUGGGGCAAGCCCCAGCGUUUUAGCCAGGGUGGGAAGAGUGUGUCUGAAUGAUGAAGGAGGGCAGAAGUCCCUGGUGAACCGCUGGACAACGUUCCUGAAGGCUCGCCUUAUCUGCUCAGUGAUAGGCGAAGAUGGAGUGGAGACACGAUUUGAUGAACUACGGGAUGUAUUUAUUCAGCCUACACAGGAUGAACGAAACCCUACGGUGUACGCUCUCUUCACUACAGCCGGCUCUGUGUUCAAGGGCUCAGCUGUCUGCGUCUACUCAAUGGCUGAUAUCCGCAAUGUCUUCAAUGGACCAUUUGCCCACAAACAUGGUCAUAAUUACCAGUGGACAGAGUAUACUGGCAAGAUUCCCUACCCACGGCCAGGAACGUGUCCAGGAGGAACCUUUACUCCUGGUAUCCGCUCCUCCAAGAACUUCUCAGAUGAGGCUGUGAAUUUCAUCAGAGCCCAUCCCCUCAUGUACCACCCGGUGUAUCCUAUCCACCGCCGCCCCCUGGUGGUGAGAACUGGGGUGGAUUACCGUUUCACUGCCCUGGUGGUGGAUCAGGUGGAUGCCGUGGACGGACGCUAUGAGGUGCUCUUCCUGGGGACAGAUCGAGGCACUGUCCAAAAAGUUAUAGUUUUACCCAAAGACCCAACCAGCAUGGAAGAACUGACACUAGAGGAAGUGGAGGUUUUCCGGACCAGAGCUCCUGUUAAAACAAUGAAAAUAUCUUCUAAAAGACAACAGCUGUAUGUGUCAUCAGACGCGGGGCUGACCCAAGUAUCGCUGCACCGCUGUGGUGUGUAUGGCAGGGCCUGCUCUGACUGCUGUCUGGCCCGGGACCCCUACUGCGCCUGGGAUGGAGAGAGCUGCUCUGCCUUCACUCCGUCCACCAAGAGGAGGAGCAGAAGACAGGACGUUAAACAUGGAGAUCCACUGAGGCAGUGCAGAGGCUUUAAUGCCAAAGUGGAGAAACGUUUGAGAGAAACAGUGCAGUUUGGGGUGGAGGGCAGCAGUACCUUCUUGGAGUGUCAGCCUCGCUCUCCUCAGGCCACCGUCAAGUGGCUCUUCCAGAGGGAGGGAAAGAGGAAAGUGCUCAACCGUGUAGGAGGCGUCGUGAAGACCAACCAUGGUAUCCUUCUUAAGUCUCUUAACCAGUCAGACGCGGGGCUCUACCACUGCCUCGCCACUGAGAACAACUUUAAACACACAGUGGCCCGUAUGGCGCUGCGCAUCCUGGAUCGAGACAUCGUUUUAGCUCUCACUGCUCAAGAUGAGGACGAAGAGCCAAAAACUCGCCAAGCGGGACCUUACCCGCAGCCUUCCCUCGUCUCCACUCCCUUCCCACCUGAGAUAAGACUGAUUAACCAAUACUGCCAGUCCUACUGGGAGCAGCUCAAUCCCAAACAGCAGCAGCAGCGUAAACGCACCAGCCGCAGGCACACAGAGAGCCAGGACCAAGGCCUCGGCUAGAGGACAAGACUGACGCUGUCCAACACUGGCCUGUCUGGACUUCAUGGUGGACUUUUAUGUUUUACAUGCAUGUUUGUGCAUCACCUACUUGCAUUGCAGGUGAUGCUGUCAUGCUGUACUAUACUCUUGGUUUUGUCAGUGUCAGCCUAGUAAAUACAUAUGUAUAUUUUACAUCACUGAUGACCACAUUCCAAAGAUUACCGUACAUUUUUGAAUACUCUAUUUUUCAGGUAUCAGUUCAUGUUAGUUUAUCAUAGAAAUCAGCUUACAGACUUGAUACUUGA